CCCAGGUCAGGUCGACGGGACCGUUCAAGCGCCCCGCGCCCUAGAGGCCAGUCCCCUCGCGCGACCCCGCGCCUCGCGCCCCGCCCCGCCCCGCGCCAGGCAACGCGCGUGUGUGCGCGUGCGUGCGUGCGUGCGCGCGUGUGUGUGCGCUACGUGUGGUGCUCGUGUGUGCGCUAGUGCGUGUGCUGAGUGUGCUCGUCUGUGCGUGUGCGCGCGCCCGCGCGCGCGCGUUUUUCUUGUGUGUGUGUGUGUGCAGUGAGUGUAGUGUGACGGUGCAGUGAGUGGAUACGGCGCGCCCGGACGCAGCUCCAGUGGAAUCCGCCACCUUCACCGCCAUGGGAUAUUAUUACAAUUACGUUGGAUCAGUGCUUCGGUGAAACUAGUGUGUUGUGAGGCGAGCAGAGAGGAAGCAAAAGGAUACUCACCCUGGAUACUCACCUCGGCGUGACCCUGGGCUGCUGACGGUCUCAUAGGCCGGACCCAGCAAUGGAAGGCUUAGAAGAGGGCCGGAAGUUUGCUCAUGGGGGUCCAGUCGUGCGGCCAACCUGGGCCUCCCCAUGCAGCGCGCCGCACCCCGCCAUCUGCCCCGCGCACCACCCUCGCACAGGGCCCACCUGAUGCAGCAUGGAGCCUGUGCGGACCAGCGGAGGGGAAGGGGACGGGGCUCCCCCUGGGGUUCCUCAUGGGGCUCCCCUUGGGGCUCCCCUUGGGGCACCCUCCCCCUGCGGAGGUGGAGCAGCAGCAGGCGGCGGAGGAGGAGGAAGUCUGGUUGGGUUGGGUACCUCCGGGGCGUUGGCGGGGGUGGCGCUGUAUGGCGGGGAAAGAGGAAGUGGAUCGGGGACCUCUCAGUCACCAUCACCGCCACCCACGGGCUCCGACCUCGUCAUCGGCGACUUCAUGCAGCGGCUGGGUACUCGGCUAAACCUUCUCGAGAGCGAACUCAAGUACGCAUGGCGCGCUCUCGACCUUCUCUCCCACGAGUACAUCCGUAUGUGGACCCGCCUAGAGAAGCUGGAGGCGCUGCUCUACGAGCAGCAAAACGUCAUCGGGCAGCUGCUAGAAUUCUACUCCUCCGUUGAGGCUGGUGAUCCUACGGCUCACCGCUUCCCGCUGGACAACGCCAGACGAGCUCUGCAGGCCAUCGCUGACGCGCGCAUCGGGGGAUUUGAUAAACAAAGGGCCAUCGAGGCUGGGGAGGCAGCUGCAGCAGCGGGGACGGCUGCGAUAGACACUCUGGUCGAUGAAAUCUAUGGCUUGCCAGGGGAGGCUUUCUACCGCAGUCUCAACACAGCUUUUCGGGAAGAUUUGAUGCACACGGAGAACACCCCACUUCAAAGCAGUCAGCUAGGAAUGAUUUGGGAAGAGGCUGAGGAACUUGAAGAAAGUAAAAAGGACGAAGGUCGCGAUAUUUCUAGUCUUAUUAAGGAACUUGUGGACGUACCGGAAGUAUACAGUGCAUUAGACUACAAAGAUUACCGUGGGAAUUCUCCUUGUGUGAGUGAACACGACUUAGCUCAGCUGUCACAGUUAAGUGCAAUAGACCAGAACGCUCUUGAAAAGCUACAAGAACUAGAUCGGCUGACAAACAAGCUCCAGAGAGACUCAGCAAGCUUAAAAGAAUUAAAGAGCCGGCUUUUAGAAUCACCGCGGAAGUCACGAGCCACAACCUCGUUACUGAGUGGCAGAGCAAUAGAAUCGGAGACAAGUACAGAAGCUCAAGUUGAUUCAUGGACACUAAGUUCUUCCUCGAGAGACGAUCUUCUGUCUGGUGCCUCACCAAGUACAUCUGGUUAUAAAUCUCGGACAAUUUCGCACCUGGAUGCAGGUUCAAAUGAUGUUGAUCUCACUUCCUCCUUAGCUAGUAUUAGUGGAACAGCAUCACCAGGUUCUACAUCACCGAGACAUAGGUCUCUCUUAGAAUCGUCUUCGUCUGCCUAUGGAUCGUCGUCCAAAACGACCUAUAGCAGUACACUGUUUCACGGAGACAUGGCAUCAUCAUGCUCUUCCCUUGCUAAUAAGACUGCGAAUGAACUGUAUAGUUCCUCCACUGCCCUUUCAAGCGCACUGGAACCAAGCAACAUUUCGUCCAGAUUAUCAGACCCCAUCCAAUGUUCAAAACUGACGGAUGGUCUUUCUUCGACACGAUUAACAGAUGGUCUCUCGCUGACAAGGUUGUCAGAUGCACCAUCUUCGUCUCGAAUAUUAGAAGGCAUAUCAUCUCCAAGACUAGGAGAUAAUCUCCCUUCAUCUAGGUAUACUGAAGGAUUAUUUUCAGGUUCAAGAGAACGUGUGUGCUCGCCUACGUCUUCUAUAGCUAGUGUACGGACUAGAAAAGAUGGAUAUGUAGAUAGUAUUAGGAUAGAUUCUGAUUUGUCGGAGAGCCUAGCUGGUUCGUUUGACGCUUCCUCAAGUCCUCCUCCCCCAGCACCAAAUGAUAGUGACCGACUGAACAGAAGAAGCUAUGAAAUCCCUGCAGAUGAUAGUGCAGUUAUCGAAAUGAUGAUUCAAGAAGAACAGCAAAAACAAGAAGAAAGAAACACUCUCAGCGCCAGUUUGGCACAACAACCAGGAAGACUGAGUCCCCACACGCCCCGUUCACCUAAAUCCCCAAGACUGUCCCCGAAGCACGUGUCCAAGUCGUCUUCGUCAAAUAUCAUUGCUGCAAAGUCUGACUCUGGUUUGUCUUCCAUGAGCGGGUGGUCGAGUUUGGAAAAAUCUCCAGGAUCUCCCAAAAGUGGAACAAACAAAGUAUCAUUACAUACAUAUGAUAAUGCAUAUCUUGAAGUAGAAACCCAACAGUUGCAGCUUGAUGCAGCUCUUGCAAGUGGUCCUAUCCACACGUCCCCGAGAAGAUCACCUUUGCCAUCUUAUGGAGAACAGACAUCUGGACUACUUCCGGGUGGUCACCACAUAUCAGCCUUCACGACUGUCGCAGCGGGGAGCUCUUUAGAUGAACCCAGUCGACUUUCGUCUAUCGAUCUGGCGUCACUAUCCAUGGUCCCUUCUCCUGCACCGCUAGUUGAUGCGACAGGGAGCCCGAAGUCCCGUUCGACAUAUUCGUCACCGUCUUAUUACGCAGCCAAGGGAAGUACUAGUGCUGGCGCUGGAUACAGUGAUAUGCCUUAUAGCAUGGACCAAUCUGCACUGUACAGCAUAGCCGGUAGCAGCAGGCAGCCGUCUUAUUCAUCACUUUAUGCUAGCAUAUCAAAAUCACCACUUGUUGAAUAUCCCGACCUUAUCAGACCAGUAUCAAGAAGCCAAAUCCACAGUAGUUCAUCAUAUUCUGCGUUUAAACCGGAACCGGAAAUGCCUCAUAGUUCUAUAAACAUUGGUUUCCCUACUCCAACUAGGUCUCCUCUUGGUAGUAGGGAGAAAAGAACUCGACUUUCAAGAGUUCAUUCCACGGGGUCUGUACCUCCCACUGGGUCGUUGCCAUCCGGGUCUACAUUACCACCAGGAAAUGCAAUGCCUUUAGGGGCGGUCGGGGGAGUCGCCAACAUGGAGGCCUACAAGACAGCUAUGUACCGGACCAUGUUUCCUACUGGGAACAUUACCGACGCCUUGUCGUAUUAUCCAACAAAUUCAUCCCGAAAUGAACGUUUCUUGGUGUCCUCAUAUCGUGACGGUCAGUGGAUGAGCAGAUCAAUCGAUGGCACUGGAGAAAAUUUGUCUUACGACCCGAGUAUGGCUUCUAUUAGUUCUAAUGAUACCAGUACAGGUACCAUUAGUUACUCAUCCAGCCAUACAACGAGUGCUGCGCGGUCGGAUAGGAUACCAAGGUACCAACCACCACCCACUUCGGCACCUCAAAGAUCUCAAAUUAGUUCAAGUUCAUCAAUUGAGUAUCCUCAAAGAAGACCAGCAUCAGAAAUGGACCUUAGGUAUAGAAAUGUAAAUGAAGAUUAUGAAAGUAGGACAUAUAGACAGCCAGAAGAGGAAAGAUUUUACAACCAAAGUGGCGUAAUAGUUUCGCAAUCGGGUUAUUUGUCAAUAGCCUCUCAUGAAUUAAGAGAAGCACACCAACAACCGGAAGAAAAACCUCCUAAAAAGCCAAGGAGAACAGGAAGUUUAAAGCAGGCUAUGAGCUCUGUGAGCCAAUGGUUACCUGAUUUGAAAGAUCUUAACGUACUUUCUAAACGCCACAGAUCAAAUUCCUUACCAUCGGGUGUGCACACAGAUGACACUAAGGUGUCCAAGGACUACAUGCGUUACUUCACUCUUGCCAGAUCUAAGAACGGAGACCAAGCUGGUGGCAGUAGGAAAAAGAAACGACACCCUCUCGUCUCGACAAUGUCUGGGUUUAUUCAAAGAGCAAAGAAAAGAGGGCCUCUUUUACGGCACUCGCUCUCUGACACGGAAACAGAACCGAAUGAGCCAGAGUGGUCACCUCCCAAGGCUAUGAGGAGUCAGCGGAGUAUGGGUGCUGCGUCAGAUUCCGACGAUGGAGCUUUCGAGCGCGGGUUCGACAGGGUUGUAUUUGACCGAGUGUCGGCAAGGGGAAGCAGCAUGCGUGCUCCAAAGCGCGACUCCAUAUCAUCUUUAGAAACUAGAAGAAUGGAUGAUAGCGAUUUUACUGCUGACAGUCGCUCGCAGUCGAGAGAAAAUCAGUGGGCUCCCCAUGGAAACGAUACCUGCAGUCGAAGCAGAGAGGACAGUACUGAUUUAUCAUCCCUUUUUGCGACUAUAGGUGACGUUAAGAAAACAACCCAAAACGGAAACGGCACAGAGUUAGAAACAAGCUCACAACAAGAGAAUAUUCAAAUCCCUCCGCUGACAAUUCCUGCUGCAAAUCGAGAAUGGGCUGCCUCUCGAGCUUUGGGGAAGUAUAGGCAGCGCCAGAGUAGUAAUAGUGUAAGUGAAGCAAUGUCAGAGGGAUCGGACGAGAAGACAGAUGAAGGCCCAAGUCCUAGGACUAGUCGCCACGUCGAUAACGAUAUCGUGCCGAAAAUAAGUGAAGAUGACUCUGCAAUGUUUGAAGAAAGGGAAAAGAAAAUAAUUGAAGAACCAACAAUAAUACUGCCUCAGCCGUCGUUAGGUCCGCUUCCUGUAAUCCAAUCAGAAACGCCCACUAGUAUGGAUGCCCACAUGCAAGCCCCUGGAAUAUUUCAGGCGCCCUCUCCGAUGCCAUCCGUCAUUUCUUCACCCACGCCUUCUCCGCAGCCUGAGGUUCAGGAGAAGCCGGAGGGAAGCCCAAGCCCGUCAAUGCACCGAGGUCAAGUCGGCAAUAGACACUACCUUCCCCGCCACCAGCAAAGCCUCGAAAUACCAAGUCUGGGCCGGGGAGGUGGUUCGCUUGAAGAUGACGACAACCGAAGCACCCACUCAUGGAGGAGCACUUCCCGCGUGUCCUCAAGGAGACAAAGCACAGAAGACAGUAUCGACAGUGAGGAUGAAUGGUAUUGGUAUGAGUUAAGAAAGCUUGAAGAGAUGGAGAGGCAGUCUCACUUGGACCACACUGACCGUGAUGAGGCGCUGCCCAUAUUAGCUACUCAGUACGAGCAAGAAGACGAAUUAAAACAGCAAAUGUCUAUCGUCAUGCAAGAGCUAAGGCUAAAGGUUAAGCCGACACCCGACAUUGAAGAAAUGCCUCAGCAUACCACUGUUGUGCAACCUGAAAUCCAGUUGACAGAAGUAAUAGAAGCACCUGAACCAAAACAGGCCAGCACACCUGUUGAAGAAAUGCACUCUCCGAUCGACAGACUGGCUGUACACACCGAGGAAGAGCACUCUUCUGGCGACACAAGCGGGCCUGAUAGUCCACAACAAACAGAUAUUGAAGAUGACUCUGACGUAGCGGCUGCGGAAGAGGAAGCUGCUCGGUCUCGGAGGAGCUCCAGUGGCUCCACUCUGAGGCAGCAACAUAUGCAAGGGUCGGACUCAUUAAGUCGCGAUGGAUCCAUAAGUGUGGGGCCGUCAGAACGAUCUAUGUCCGUCCAAGGCGACUCGGAAGAAACCGCUACUUUGCGAGAGGGUUCGAGAUCGACCAGCGUUGGACAAAGUGAAGAGGGUGACAGGAGAGGAUCGACCGCCACCACUACGUCUGCCAAUGCCAAGAUGCGCUUCGGUGAAUCCGACAGCUUUUCUUCUUCCAAGGAGGAAGGUUCCAAAUGGAAACUUCUUAAAGCCUUGAAAGAACGAAAAGCUGAGGAAAAGACGAUGCAGGAGGAGAAGGCAGCGGCGGCAGCGGCAGGCAAAGAGAAUGGCACUGGUGGCGAUAACAACAGGUCUAGCGGACAUCCUGGCGCAAAUGCCUUCUACAGCAAUAUCGACAGUAUGCCGGACAUCAGGCCGCGGAGGAAAUCCAUUCCUCUCGUCUCUGAGCUUGUGCUCAAGACGAUGGCGGCCACCAAGAGGAACGCGGGCCUCACCUCGGCCGUGCCCCGGGCCACGCUCAACGAUGAAGAACUCAAAAUGCACGUGUACAAGAAGACGCUGCAGGCGCUCAUCUACCCCAUCUCGUCCACCACGCCUCACAACUUCGUGCUCUGGACGGCCACCUCGCCCACCUACUGCUACGAGUGCGAGGGCCUGCUCUGGGGCAUCGCGCGCCAGGGUGUGCGCUGCACCGAGUGCGCCGUCAAGUGCCACGAGAAGUGUAAAGACCUGCUCAACGCCGACUGCUUACAACGUGCUGCCGAGAAAAGCUCAAAACACGGCGCCGAGGAUAAGGCCAACUCCAUCAUCACCGCCAUGAAGGAGCGCAUGAAGCAGAGGGAGAUGGAGAAGCCGGAAAUAUUCGAACUCAUCAGGUCCGUGUUCAGCGUGGAAGAGAAGAACCACGUCGGCCACAUGCGGGCGGUCAAGCAGUCGGUGCUCGAUGGCACGUCCAAGUGGUCCGCCAAAAUUGCCAUCACAGGUUUGUCCCCCGCCAGUUUGUCACCCCUCGGACUAGCCUCGUCCAACCCGGACCCAGCCUGCCAGCCCCGGCUUACCAAAGACGUUUCAGAUGGACCCCGAUACUCAUAUAGAUUCCGUGGAACAAGCGGAAGAAAUCGUGUUAGAGGGCACCUCCAAAUGGUCGUGCAAGAUCGCAAUAACAGCGAGUGCCACAACUCCUCAGAUCGGAUCAAAGUGCGGGUGUGGGAUGAGGACAACGACUUGAAGAGCAAGCUGCGACAGAAGCUCACCCGCGAGUCAGAUGACUUCCUCGGCCAGACCAUCAUUGAGGUGCGGACGCUCUCGGGCGAGAUGGACGUCUGGUACAACCUGGAGAAGCGUACGGACAAGUCAGCCGUGUCGGGCGCCAUCCGGCUGCACAUCAGCGUGGAGAUCAAGGGCGAGGAGAAGGUGGCGCCUUACCACAUCCAGUACACGUGCCUGCACGAGAACCUCUUCCACUCGCUGUGCGAGGAGAACGGCGGCGCCGUGGUGCUGCCGCAGGUCAAGGGCGACGAGGCGUGGAAGACGUACUUCGAGCCGUCGGCGCAGGACAUCGUGGACGAGUUCGCCAUGCGCUACGGCAUCGAGAGCAUCUACCAGGCCAUGACCCACUUCCACUGCCUGUCCACCAAGUACCUCUGCCCUGGCGUGCCCGCGGUCAUGAGCACUCUGCUCGCCAACAUCAACGCCUACUAUGCGCACACCACGGCCUCAUCUGCCGUUUCGGCCUCUGACCGAUUCGCUGCAUCCAAUUUUGGAAAAGAAAAGUUUGUUAAGCUACUUGACCAACUGCACAACUCUCUACGAAUUGAUUUGUCUAUGUACCGAAACAAUUUCCCAGCCUCAAGCCAAGAAAAGUUGAUGGAUCUGAAAUCAACUGUUGACCUUUUAACAAGCAUUACAUUUUUCCGUAUGAAAGUGCAAGAACUUUCGUCCCCUCCUCGAGCAUCAACAGUAGUAAAGGAUUGUGUAAAAGCAUGUUUGCGCUCUACGUAUCAAUUUUUAUUUGAAAACUGUUAUGAACUGUACAGUCGAGAGUACCAGACAGAUCCUAACGAGCCAAAACAUGAUGAGCCAGGUCCUCGGCUUGAUUCUCUUGACUUCUGGCAUAAAAUCAUUGCCUUGAUUGUAUCUGUGAUUGAAGAGGACAAGAACUCAUAUGGACCUGUUCUAAACCAAUUCCCUCAGGAGUUAAAUAUUGGAGCUUUAUCAGCAUCUACCAUGUGGUCUCAGUUUGCAAUAGAUAUGAAAUAUGCAUUAGAAGAACAUGAGCAACAUAGGCUCUGCAAAUCAUCUGCUUAUAUGAAUCUUCACUUCAAGGUGAAAUGGAUGCAUACAAACUAUGUAAAAGAUGUUCCACCCUACAAGAAUUGUGUUCCAGAGUAUCCAGCUUGGUUUGAGCCAUUUGUUAUGCAAUGGCUGAAUGAAAAUGAUGAUGUAUCGCUUGAAUAUUUACAUGGAGCUUACAACAGAGACAAGAAAGAUGGGUUCCAAAGAAGUAGUGAGCAUUCACUCUUUUCCUGCUCGGUUGUGGAUGUAUUUACACAGCUCACUCAGUGCUUUGAUGUUGUGUCAAAGCUUGAGUGUCCAGACCCAGAAAUUACAAAACGAUAUAUGAAACGCUUUGCUAAGACAAUAGUCAAAGUAUUAGUAGCAUAUACUGACAUUGUUAAGAAAGAGUUUGAAGUUAAUGUAAAAGAUGAAAGAGUUGCAUGUGUUAUGAUGAACAACAUUCAACAGUUGAGAGUCCAAUUAGAAAAAAUGUUUGAAUCUAUGGGAGGAGAAAGUUUAGAGGAAGAUGCUGCAAACAUAUUGAAAGAGUUGCAAGCAAAUCUCAAUAACUGUCUAGAUGAGUUAGCAGUUUUGUUUGCUGUUAGCCUGGAGACAAGAAUUGAAAAGAGUGUAAAAGAGGUGGGAGAUAUCUUGUUAUCAAUAAAAGGAGGAGGACAAAUUACUGGUAUGAACCAGGCACCGGCCAGAGCAACUGUAAGUGCAGAAGCAGAUGAAGUGUUAAGGCCGCUCAUGGAUCUUCUUGACGGUUCCUUAUCACUUUAUGCUGAAUCAUGUGAAAAGACAGUCUUGAAGAGGCUACUCAAGGAAUUGUGGAAGAUAGUUGUUCGCAUUUUGGAGAAAUCUGUAGUAUUGCCACCCAUGACAGAUAAGAGUAUGAUUUUGAAAAAUUUGACGGACAAUGCUAAGAAUUUAGCUGCUAAUGCCAAAAUAGAAGAUAUGUCAAGGCUGUUCAAAAAUCACAUGGCGAGCAAACAAGAUGUGAAGAAUGCAUUAAGUGGUGUCAUGGUGGAGAAAAAUCUAUCACCCAAGCAGUGUGCUGUACUGGAAGUCGCCCUCGACACAAUAAAGCAAUAUUUCCAUGCUGGUGGUAACGGACUGAAAAAAGCAUUUUUGGAAAAGAGCCCAGAACUUCAAAGUUUACGUUAUGCUCUCUCGCUUUACACUCAAACAACAGAUACGCUUAUUAAAACAUUUGUCACCACUCAACAAAAUGAAGAUAAUAUGAGUUUAGAUGAUGGCAGUGUUGGAGAAGUGUCCAUCCAAGUUGAUCUAUUUACUCAUCCUGGCACAGGAGAACACAAAGUCACAACAAAAGUUGUAGCAGCUAAUGAUCUAAAGUGGCCAACUGCAUCUGGUAUGUUUAGGCCUUUUGUAGAAGUGAAUUUAAUAGGCCCUCAUUUAGCAGAUAAGAAACGUAAACAGGCCACAAAGUCAAAAUCGAAUAAUUGGUCUCCUAAGUUCAAUGAGACAUUCCACUUCACAAUUGGUAACGAGGAGCAAUUGGAUUACUUUGAACUUCAUAUUUGUGUGAAAGAUUACUGCUUUGCAAGAGAUGAUCGUCUUAUUGGUGUUGCUGUUAUGCAGUUGAAAGAUAUUGCUGAUCAAGCCUCGUGUGCGCGGUGGCUUUCUCUAGGGAAACGCUGUAAUAUGGAUGAAACUGGAUGGACAAUAUUGCGUAUUCUCUCCCAGAGAAACAAUGACGAGGUGGCUAAGGAGUUUGUCAAAUUAAAGUCAGACAUCAGACAAGAAGAACCCAUUCCACCAAAUGCUUAGUAUAUCUGUGUUACUCCUUCUCGUCUUCCAAUUUGAACUUUGUGACAUAGAUUCCAAUUUUGUUGUUGAAGAAGACACUACAUCAGUGGUUCUGCUUCACAGCUGACUUUAUUCUUCUUCCUUGCAUCCAGGAAAAAUAUUUGUUUUUGGACAUUUUUAUCCAUUGUGACCAACAAAAUUGUUAUGUAUUGAAAGAGUGAUUUAAUAAGUUCGUCACAAUAGUCUUCCAUGAAAAGCAUCCCUGAACAGUUUUCCCUUCAUCAUCGACCUUAGAAAAGUUUUGAUCCAAAUGUGUACUCAGCAUGGAAGCAAGCUAGUCCAGAUUUCAAGAAACCAGAAGAUUGAAAUUCAUCCACAAUCGUUUGACUUUUAGAUCCUUUGUACUUCAGUUCAUACCUAGUUGCAUUCCAAUAUCUUGGCUGUCUGAUUUACACUUUAAGAUUGCUUCCAGACUUAUAGUCUUUGCUGAGUUCAAUGGAGUUGCUCCAUUUUGUACUUCCUACCUGACCCUCUAAUUUUGUUUCACUUCCUAUACUGCAUCAGGAGGUUUCUUUUAAUUUGAACUGUGUUAUGUGAUUAAUUGCAGUGAUAUAACUUAAAAUGUAUAUUUAUAUAUACAAAUAAUAAAAUGGCUGUAUAUAUAUCUAUACAGAAAAGAAAAGUAUGAAAAGAAGAAAACCAUUCUCUUCCAGUAUCAGGAGAUUAAAAUUUAACGGGAUUCAUUAUUUCUGUUCAUACUGUGUGCAAAAGACUGCUUGAAGGAACAUACUGUUAUCAUUCAUGUUUUGAAUUGUAUCUUGUUUAAUUAUUUCUACUUGUUUUGGUAGUUUACAUCAAUGCAUUAGGAAAUUGUUCUCUUACUUAUAAUUUUUUAAGCUCUUUUCAUAUCAUCCUCUUAAUUUAUUUAUUUCUUAUGUAAUGAAAAACAGUUUAGGGUUGUGAUAUCGCAGGGAACAGUAGGACUUCACGGGAAUUGGAGGCACAAAAUAUCUCUAUUAGUCAGAAAGAUGUUAGAAAUGCUGUUCCGCGAAAGAUUCUCCCAUACAUUGCAUGAUUUUUUGCAUAUCAUUGUUCUAAAUGAGGUGAUACUUUUGUUACUGCUGGGAGCGAUCGCUGUCUGUUUCUGAGAUCUCUUUCUAUUGAUUGAUUAUGUUGUCGGAGGGACAAAAUACCUGCUAGUCACUGUUUACCUUGCAGUCCAAAUUUUGCAGGAACUUGUAGAGUUUGCCUGAAAUUCUGUCAGAGAGCAGCCACCCAAAUCUGCUAAUAAUAAAUUAUCAUACAAGUCCCUGACAUUUCAGGUAAAACUUAAGAAUUUUCUGCUGCAGGAGGUUUUUCCCCCCAGAACUUAAAUUGCUUGGACUUUAUUUUUAUCUCAAUUGUUCAUGUUUGAAUGGGUUGAUGCAAAUGUGUGUUUAGUUAUAGUUUCAUCUGAAGUGGUGUUUGAGGACUGUAUUUUAUUCGAGGCUCCAAUAUACUGUUUGUAAGACAUGUCACUUGCAGAGGUUACCCUCUUCUGACAAUAAAAUGUUCAAAUACGAGCCCCUUUUAUCUUUGAUGUUCUAAUCUUUAUUGAUUUCUUUUUUUCUAAAUUCUGUCUUUUCUUACCUUCCACUUUUGGUAUUUCUACCUAGAUAUUUGUGAUUUUUUGUCAUGCACACUGUAAAUAUGUCAUCAAUUGUAUAAAUGUACAUAAACCAUCAUUACAGCUUCAGGCAUCUUUGAAAAUUACAAAGUUGUAAAUGAUGAUCAUUUUAAAUUUAGUAUGUGUUUGGGCUGUUCAUUUCUAUAAUGUAAAUGAGUACUGAACGGAGCAAUAGGGAAAGGGCUUCACUUUUUCAUUUUUAAACGAGGAAGCUCAGCAAACACAGGGGAGUUGACUCCUGAUUUGAAACACAACCUUGUUGUGUAUCAUUAUAUCAACUAACUGAUCUUGCAACCAGUUUUGGCUACAUGUUUUAAAGAUUCCCAGAUUUAACUGUUAGGUCCUGGACAUAUUGCUUGCUGAGGGGAAAAUUUAGUUGCCCUCAAAGCAUUUUAAAAGAUCUGCUUUUUGAUUGUGGUUAUUAUUAUAGAAGCUCAUACUGAAAUUGUGACCCAUUUGAGUUAAAAAUGAUUGUCAUCAGUCAGUUUUGUUGACGACGAAGCAGAAUUGUUGAUUAAUUGUGAUAAAAAUUUGUUGAACAUUGUGUAUAGUUUUGAUGUUUAUUUUCUUGACGUCUCCAGCAAUAAUGAAGCAUUUCAAAAGGGUAACCAUUAAGGUGUCGAAAAAAGUGCUUCGGCGUGUUAUGGGCAUUGUUCAAAUUUAUUUUAGCGAUGGAAUCCAAUAAAUUUUCUCUACCCUUGAAUGAUGUGUAUAAACUUUAAGGAGACCGUGUCAAAUCUACUUCAGUUUCACUCUUCAUAUCUUCAUGGGGUUUGUAAACAGUAGAGGAGUUUGAGCCAAACUAUAUUUCAAGUGCCUUUUGUUAUGCAAUGCCUUCUCUCAUUAUUAAAAUAAAAAGAGGAUCAUUUUUGAAGGAUUAUGUGAGGGGUACCUGUAAACUAAGUUUUGUUUUUACUGUUGUGUUUGUGUUUCAUGUUCUGUUUUAUAUGAAUAAAUGGAGUGUAUAUUUAAAUCCUUGUUUGUACAUAGAAGUCUGUGUGUAUAUUCAAAAUUGUAUAUAUGUAUCCAAAAACUCCUUUUGACUCAUUAUUGUUGUGCUCUUCACAAUGCAGUACCACAAAAUGUUACAAUAUCAAAAAUUCAUAUCUGCUUUAAGCUAUUUCAGCCAAUAUAAGAUUUGAGUCUUUCAUGUAAGAUAUGUGUGAAGUAUUUUUACUUGAACUGUUUGUUAAUAAUCUGUAAAGCUUUCUUGUUCAUUUGAUAUUUGUGUAAAAUUGUCAAGGGUUCAGAAACUAUAAGAGCUUAAUUGAAACAUGUUGUAAGCCUAUUCACUUGCUUUGUGUUUUUUUUAAGCAAAGAAAUUUUCUCAGCUAAAAUAGCAGAGUGAUUUUUAAUUUUGUAUUAAGCAGCAUUUUCUUACUAUAAACUAGUACACGAAUUUAAUUUUCUGUUUUAAAUUAGAGCGUUAAAAAUACGGCCAAAGCUAAUUAAUAAGGAGCAAAAUAAUUUCAAUUGUUACCUCUGAGCGACUUCCUCAGUCCCCAAAAUCAAAAUGAAUGUUUUAUAAAUAACACUGUCUUUUAUAAAAAUGCAACUAGUUAUCAGAAAAAGAAAUAAACUACUCUAUGGAUUCUGAAAUUGUAUAGAAUUAACCCAUAGAAAUGAAAUCAGCAGGUAUUUUUCAGCGAGAUUGGUAACUCCAGCACUCAGGCCGAGCAGAGCACAACUGCUGGCUCUAUUAUCUGCCUCGCACUGUACUGCUUAAUGACCUUAUCAUUGUUAAGCAAUCGUGUUGACAUGUUUGUUUGCUAGUUGAAUAAAAAAAUGUUUCUAUAA